AAUUCUCAGUCGCCAUAAUCAUCCAGCCUUGAUCUCUAUCUCUAUCUAUCCUAAUCAAAGAUACGUCAUAAUGUCGAAUUUCUCGUCGACUCCGAACGCAUCUACUCCUCCUCAAUUCCAGCAACAACGAGUUCAACCUCAGCAACAAGCCGCUCCUAGCCAAAAUCAGGCUGUGCCUUUUACGACAUUAUCAGCGUCUUCUUCAGUGCCGACACCUGUCGCUAGUGCUGUCGGAGUGUCUUCACCGACUUCUGGAUCAAUUUCUUCUCAGUCUGUUGUCGGCGGACCAACAGGGUCACCAGCUCCUCCACCUAUCUCUAGUAACGUCAAUGGUUCUGCAACUCCGGCAUCCUCAUCCACACCGGUUCCAGUACCUAACGUAAGUGCAUCAGACACACAAGCAGCUAUCACAUCUGCUCCUAUUACUACCUCCAUCCCAAAUGCCCAAUCCAACACAUCUGCCCCGAUCUCGUCUUCUGGUCCCACCGCUGGAUUGGCGGGGAAUGCAUCGACUUCGGCCGCUGCCGCUACUCAAACAGAACCCCAGCCUUCAAACCAAGAUACUUUCUGGGCAGCGCGUAGAGAAGAAGAGAUUGCUCGUCGCGAUCGAAGCUUGGCGGAAUUGUUGGUUAUGCUAGAUGGGUAUAAGCCUCUUAUCCCGGAAGAGGUCACCGAGUAUUUCUUACAACGGUCCGGAUUCGACUGUUCUGACCCCAGGCUGAAACGGCUCUUAUCUCUUGUUGCUCAAAAGUUCAUCUCAGACCUUUCAAGGGACGCCUUCCACUUCUCAAAACUGAGAGUCAAUGGUGCGACGGCUGGUAGAGGUAGACCUGCUGCGGGUGUUGACAGGAACAGAGUCGUUCUAACGAUGGACGACCUCAGCCUUGCUCUUGGUGAACAUGGAGUCAACCUCAAAGCUCCGGAUUAUUAUCUGUAAACUCUAGUUUUAAAUUGUUGUAUAGGGCAUGUAUCCAUAUU